AUGAUUGGUGUGAUUCUGACGGUCGGAACGAUGCUGAUUGGGUUGAAGACCAUUCUGAUACCGGCGUAUACGUCGACCGAUUUUGAAGUUCAUCGGAAUUGGAUGGCGGUGACGAGGAAUCUGAAUCUAUCGGAAUGGUACACGGAAUGCACAUCGGAAUGGACUUUGGACUAUCCGCCAUUUUUUGCCUACUUUGAACGAGUUUUGGCGUUUUUUGCCGAUUUAGUGGGGUUGCAUGAGAUUCUGGAAAUUUCCGAGACGGCCGUGUUCCAUCGAAACGUUCUGCUAUUUCAGAGGACGUCUGUCAUUGUCACUGAUAUAUUUUAUGUAAUUCUCGUAUGCGCUCUUUAUAGUAUUCAUUCGAAGAAAUUGGUGGAGACGAUUCCCGCGAAAAUGAGACAGAGGGCUAGAAUUGCUUGCUUCAUCCUCCUUUCAUGCAUCCAAUCAUUGAUCCUAAUCGAUUCGAUUCAUUUCCAGUACAAUUCCAUGCUGACGGCGAUUUUCAUUCUUUCAAUUUAUUUCAUUGAUCAAUCGAGAUUCUUAUUGGCGGCUUUGACAUUUUCAAUUCUUGUCAAUUUCAAACAUAUUUAUGUUUACUAUGCGCUCGGAUUCGUCUUCUACUAUCUCACCAAUUACUUCGAUUUCACCAAUUUGCUUGACAUUUUUGGAAAAGGGAUUUUCCUCGCCACUAGCAUUCUGGUCCCGUUCAUUGCAUCGUUGGGUCCAUUUUUGUAUUCCGGCGGACUGAAUUCGCUUCUCAAUAUUGCUUCAAGACUUUUUCCUGUUUCGCGAGGCCUCACUCAUGCGUUUUGGGCGCCCAACUUUUGGGCGAUCUACAAUUUGCUCGAUCUGGUGCUGUAUCGAAUUCUGAAGCUUCUGAAAAUUGGAAACAUUGAAGCCCCAACGUACACAUCGGGAUUAGUGCAAGAAUAUUCGCAUAGUGUUCUUCCGAAUGUCUCGCCAAUUGCAACUCUCGCAUUGGUUGUGCUCUUUUCAUUGGCGGUGCUCACGAUGAUCGUCGUCAGAAUGCCGAAAAGCGCCACCGGCGACUCGCCGGAUUUCACCUUAUAUGCGAUAUUCUCGUCGCUGGUGUUCUUCUACUUUGGUUAUCAUGUUCAUGAGAAGGCGAUUAUUCUCAUAACAGUGCCGAUGACAAUAUUGGCGAUUAAGGAUGUCAAGCAUCUCCGACUAUACAUCUUCAUCACCACAAUCUCUUCGUUUUCACUAUUUCCACUGCUUUUCACUCCUUUUGAGGUUCUUCUUAAAUAUUCCAUUGCGAUCACCUACCUUCUUCUUCAAUUAGUCGUAAUCAAAUGGUUCACGCGGUUCCCGAUUUCUACGAUACUACCAAUCCAUUAUUGUGUUUAUUUUGGAUUGUUGACAUUUGUGGAAUUCUACAACACAUUUGUGCAUAAGGCGAUGUGGGGCGAUCGUUUCGAAUUCGCUCCGCUCAUGGUGAUUUCUGUUCUAACAUCGUUCGGCGUCACCGUUUUCUUUGCGCUUCUCCUAUUCAGAAACGCGCUGCGAGGCCUCGGCAUCCUGCUGACGCAAAAAGCGCGAUGUUUGAUGCGAGAGGAGCUGAUCAAAGCGGGAACCUAUUCGGUGCAGUGUCUCGAAGACGAACGAGAAUUCGAGAUCAUCGCCGGUGUCGAUAUCUCGGCGAGCAAAUCGAACUCCGACAUCGUUGUUGUCUCAUUCUCCGCCUUCUCCUAUCCGAAUAUUCAGCAUUUGGCGAGUUUUUCCGACACUAGGCUUCUUCACGUCCCCUACAUUCCUCAAUAUUUGGCGAUUCGAGAAGCUGAAGUUGUUGCGGAAUUUGUGAAGCGAAUUGUCGAUGAAUAUCCGCAAUACCGGCCUGAUGUGAUAUUGUGUGACGGGUUCGGCGAAUUUCAUUCGAGAGGUUGCGGAAUGGCUUGUCACGUCGGCGCACUUGUCGGAAUCCCGACAAUUGGCGUGGCGAAAAAUCUGCCGAUGGCUUCGGUUUAUGAAUUCGUUGGGAAUGAGAAUCGGAAGAGCGCUGACGCAUUCAUACAGAAGGCUAGACAUAUAUUGAAUGAUAAUAAGAAUAAGGAGAAGCGAAGAUAUGUUCCUUUUGAUCUCGUCAAACCCGGAAUUUUCGUGUCGGUCGGCUAUGGAAUUGAACUUGACCUUGCCACUCGAAUUGUUGUUGGAAGUUUAGAGUAUUCGACGACAUCGGAACCGAUUCGACAGGCCGACUUGCAGUCUCGUGAAGCUAUCAGGAAGUACUAUGACUAA